CAGGGCAGCUGAAAAAGCAGGGCUGUGCUUGUCCAUGGACUGCUGGGAGGCUCACUGGGCACUCUGGGAACCACACGCCAUUUCCACAGCUGCCAGUUCUAAGUGAGAAGGUAGGAACCUCUCUCCUCUCUCUGCAUCCUGGAGAUGGCCUCACCCAAGGUUGCAGUGGUGGGUGCAGGAGUCAUCGGCCUGUCCACAGCACUGUGCAUCACAGAGACUUGUCCCAGCUGCUCUGUGACAGUCCUUUCAGAUCAGUUCAGCCCCAACACAACGAGUGAUGUGGCAGCUGGGAUGCUCAUCCCUCAUAUCUACCCAGACACACCGAUCCACAGGCAGAAGCAGUGGUUCCAAGAGACCUUCACUUACCUUUUUGCCAUCAGCAACUCAGCCCAGGCAUCCGAGGCUGGCAUUCACCUGGUCUCUGGUUGGCAGAUCUUUAAAAGCUCUCCCAAGGAAGAGUUACCUUUCUGGUCAGAUAUUGUGCUGGGAUUUCGACCAAUGUCCGAAGCAGAACUCCAGAAGUUCCCGCAGCACCGAUUUGGUCAGGCCUUUACAACCCUGAAAUGUGACUGCCCACCCUACCUGCUGUGGCUGGAGAAAAGGUUGAAGGCAGCUGGCACCCAGAUGUACACCAGGAAAGUGGCAGACUUGUGGGAGCUGCACAGAGAAUAUGACAUCGUUGUCAACUGCACAGGCAUGGGAGCCCACCAGCUGGUGGGGGACAAGCAGCUCUUCCCUGUCAGGGGACAAGUACUCAAGGUUCACGCUCCUUGGGUGACGCAAUUCAUCCGGGAUGGAGAUGGCUUAACUUACAUCUACCCAGGGAUACACAGGGUGACCCUGGGGGGAACCAGGGAAAAGGGGAGCUGGAGUCUCUCCCCUGAUGCUGGCACUACUAGAGACAUCUUUGACAGAUGCUGCUCCCUUGAGCCCUCACUGCAGGGAGCUCAGGAUAUCGAGGUGAAGGUGGGCCUGAGGCCAUCCAGGCAGUGUGUGAGAGUGCAGAGAGAGGUUUUGAGCCAAGGAGGAAUUAAGCUCCCAGUGGUUCACAACUAUGGGCAUGGGGCAGGUGGCUUUUCAGUGCACAGGGGCACAGCCAAAGAAGCUGCUCACCUGGUGGAAGAGUGCAUUUCUGCUCUGCAAGGCUCCUCAUCAAGGGCCAAGCUUUGAAUCCCGGAGGCUCCUUUUCCAUUUACAGCUAGUGCUGAAUCUCCUAGCAGCAGCUUGGACUUUAGGUCCAUUACUGUAUAGAAGGGAGCUAAGUCAACAUCUUGUUCCAGUGCAGAUACUGAGUGUUACCUUUAACCACCUUGGAAAGGCAUGAUGUGUUGAUCCAUGUAUUAGCCCAGCUGAUCAUCUCCUCCAUCUGCCCUGGGCAUUUGUCUUAGUCUCAUGUGAAGAAGACAAGAUACAUAAAUACUCUUCACAUAACAGAUUGCUGCAGUAUAAUACAAAUAACAUCAAUUUAGCAUUUCUGCACCUGCAUCUAAAGGGUGUCAGAUGCAGUAGGCUCAGAUUCAGUAAAAAUAGGUUGUCUCCUCUUGUACCAAAUCUAAUCUAGAAUUGCCCUUGUUUCUGCCACCUUGCUAACAAAUUUUAUCAUUAUCUAUAGGAUUUAAAAGGAAUAGAA